CUAAUAAUCAGCUGAGCGGUGUAAGCUAACAGACUUAAAUUUGAGUCUCUGUUGGUGUUUUUCACGCGAUUCAAAGUGUCGGAAUAUUCUAUUUUUUGAUAUUUGCGAAUUUUGUAGUGCAAAGGAUAAUAAUAAUUGGAGAAAAAGGCCUAUGCCCUGCCUUUGAGUGGAAUAGUUGAGAAUGGCGCGAAUUACAUGGCGUGGAAGCAGCACACAAAGUCUCUUCUCAAGGUGGCGUCUUCAAUGGUCCUAUAUGAAGCAUUGCUGGCACUCUCUAACAUUUAAUGCCCACAUGAACUCCUCCUAUGCCACAGAUGUGUGCAUGACACCAAUAUUUUGGAUUGUGGAUAACUACACUCACUGCCUGGGUCCGUUUUUUGUGGUUGGCGUCGCUGCCCUUACCACCGCAGUUGUGAGCAUUGCAUAUUGGAUUGGCUUACCAUUCUGGUGGGCAAAGAGCCAGUUGGCAACUAUAUUUUUACUCCUGGUGGGGAACUGGCUGUUGUUAAACGUGAUAUUCCACUAUGUAAUGGCUGUGAUAACGCCGGCCGGUUAUCCACCGGAGGGUGUUUCUCUAGUCGAGGCUGUGAGCAUGUGUGCAAAAUGCAUUAGUCCGAAGCCUCCGAGGACUCAUCAUUGCUCAGUGUGCAAUCGAUGUAUAUUAAAAAUGGAUCAUCACUGUCCUUGGUUAAAUAACUGUGUUGGCUAUGGCAAUCAUCGGUACUUCUUCCUUUACAUGCUGUAUACUACUGUGGGCUGCCUGUUCCUCAUUGUAUUCGGCCUGGAGAUUGGUCACAAGUAUCUUUGGUUAGACCAUGGCGACAACUGGACGGAGUUAGAGCCCCUGGAGGGACAGCCAGUUAAAUUUAACUUAAGUGGACAUAUUAUUCCUGUGACACAUCCCCAUGAAUACGAUGAAUUCGUGUUGCCGCCUGCCAUACACAAUCUGCCCACACCUCAGCUUGACACGGAUGCCCCGUCCACAGGUCGACGACGUGCCUUGUGGUUCAUGGCCUUUACUUUGGUUUCUGUCGUCUUGGCUCUAGGCACGUUAAGCUUCUGGCAUGCCAAGCUAAUUACUCGUGGCGAAACCAGUGUGGAGGCGCACAUAAAUCAAGCCGAGGCUAAACGAUUACUCCAACAGCAACGUGUCUAUAUAAAUCCCUAUAAUUUUGGUGGCAAAAAGAACUGGAAGCUCUUUCUGGGUCUGGUUCGAGGCAGGUCGUUUUUCCGGACAGUUCUACUGCCUUCCUGGCACAAGCCCGAUGGCACUGGCCUGAGUUUUCACACUGUCCAUGAUGCUCCAUUCGAAGACGAGUGGCCAUAGCCGUAACUUAACUGAUUAGCUUAUUUAAAACUUUUGUGAUUCAAAACCUAGCAAUUUCUAGUCUUAAGUUUAAGGUGGACAUUCUUAAUUUCCCUAGAGUUUACCAAAAGACUCUUAAAAAAGCUCAAAAUGGAAAAGUUCUCAUAAAACUCAAUAUAAAAUCUAGAUUUUUAGCCAUCAGCAAUCCAUAGUUUUUACAACAACGAAAAAGUUGCAACAUUCCAUUAAAUCUUCCUUAGAAUUUCUAACAAGUGUAUUUAUUAUUUUAAGUAUAAAUAUUUGCUUCUAAUGUUACCAUAGGCACAAAAAGGCUAACAAUAAAUGAACUUGUCUAUAGACAUUCAAGUGAACUGAA